AUGAAACAUCUUAAAUUAUCAAUUCCAUGCAUGAAUUAAUCCUUUCUAUAUAAAGGAAAUUUUUAAGACAUUGACUAUCAAUAGCUUGUACAAUUUGCAGAAAGCAAACUUUGUAAAAAACUCACUAAAGAUUUUAACUUGGUUUAUGUGAAUAUGGAAGGUGAUAGUUUUGUAAUUGAUGAUGAUCAAAAAUUAAACAACUUAAAAAAGAUAAAUUCUUAAGUUAUAAAGAUUACUCUUAAGGAAUUUGAAAAAUAAUUAGUUAUUCAUCCAAAUACAAUAUGUUCUGUUUGUCAAUAAUCUCCAAUUUAAAAUAUUAGGUUCAAAUGUGUUGUCUGUAAUGAUGUGGAUUUAUGUUAGCAUUGCAGCAUUGAGCAUAGUAAGUUACAUCCCUUAAUUAUGAUUUCUAAGCCAGAAUAAGUGUUAUACUUAGAAAGUUUUUUUAAAAAACACAUGAAAAAAGUAAAGCACAUUUUUAAUUGUUCUUUCCAUAAAUCAAAAAAUACGAUGAUAGCCAUCAAAGAUGUUAUUAUGAAAAAAAAAUAAAAUUAUUUUGGUCAUGUUUAAUAAUAAUAAGAAUAGCAAUUAUAGGAAGGCUAAAUAAAGAAACCUAUAAGUUUGGAAGAAGAAGAUGUGUUGAACAAAACCUUAAGAUUAUCAGAAAUAUUUGAAGGAUCACCAAGAAGAUAUGAGAAAUUUGUUAAAUAAAACAAAGAAUUAACAUUUGAAGAAUUGGUAGAAUAAGCAUCUGAAAAGUUUGCCUGA